AUGGCUAGCCGCUACUCCUCCGACGAGGAGAGGGAGCGAUACAACAUCCAUGUCACUCGUCGCCAGUCGCCGCCGGGAGUCCGUUAUGUGACGAACCCGUCGGUGCGGGGAUCUCAAUAUGACGGGCCCAGCUUUCUCAGGCCGGAUAUUCGCACCACAGAACGCACCACGGCCAUCACCAGGUCUCUCUCGCGCACUCGAUCGCCGCCUCGCGAGAGCCCUCGUGAUAGCCGCACGGCUUUGGGCCCUGCCGCUCCGGCCCCUCCUGCGCCUGCGCCUGCUCCCAUCAUCAUCAACAACCGCAUCUACAACGAGCAUUCGUCCGACGAGGACCUGAGCGAUGACAGCCCGCGCCGCAGCCGCCGUAAUGUCUAUCGCCGCCGCUCCCGCUCCCGUUCCAGCUCUCGGUCCAGCUCCCGCUCGCAGUCUCGAACGGGCCACAUGACGCGAGAAGCGUGGGAGGCAGAGGCGGCCCGCCGUCAGCUGGACGAGAUGCGAAUCAGCACUGAGCGCGACAAAGAGCACCGCCGUCUCGAGGCGCAAUACCGCGAGGAAGCAGAGCUCCGCCUUACACAGCGACAGCUUGAGGAUAUGAAGAGGCGCACUCACGAUGAAGACAUCGAGAGACGCAUCACCAAGGAACUCGAAUACAAGCGCCUCAAGGAAGAAGGAGCUGCUGGGGAAGCUGCUGAGGAAAGACGGCGGCUUGAAAAGGAGUACCGCGAUGAAGCGGAGCUUCGUCUUACGCAGCGACAGCUCGAUGAGAUGAAGAGACACAACGCUGAGGCAGAUGUGGAGAAACGCAUCAGAGAUGAGUACGAGUACAAGCGUCUCAAGGAAAUGGGAGCUGCCGAAGAAGCUGCCGAAUUGAAGCGACGACUUGAAAAGCAGUACAGUGAAGAUGCAGAGCAUCGUCUCACCCAACGGCAGCUUGAUGAAAUCAGAAAGCGUGAAUCCGAGAUGAUGGUGGAGAAGCGCAUCACCAAGGAGAUUGAGUAUAAGCGCCUCAAGGAAGAUGAGGAUGCUGCUGAAGCUGCCGAGGAAAAACGACGGCUCGAAAGCCACUUCCGCGAAGAUGCAGAACAUCGCUUUACGCAACGACAACUCGAAGAGAUGAAGAAGCGUGAGUCUGAGAUGCAGGUCGAGAAGCGCAUAACCAAGGAGAUUGAGUAUAGGCGCCUCAAGGAGGAGGAAGAUGCCGCUGACGCCGCUGAGGAGAGACGACGGCUUGAAAGGGAGUUCCGCGAUGACGCUGAGCUUCGCUAUGCACAGCGACAGCUUGACAUCAUCAGGAAGCGUGAGGCCGAUACCGAGAAUGAGAAGCGUAUGCUGAGGGAGCUCGAGUUCAAGCGCCUCAAGGAGGAGGAGCACAACGCUGAAGAAGCGCGCAAGGCUGCCGAAGAGAAGAAGCGCCGCGAUAAAGAAUAUCGUGACGAGAUGGAGCUUCGCCAAGCGCAUCAACAGAUUGAAGGCAUCAAGAAGCGCGAGGCCGAAGCUGACAUGGAGAAGCGCAUCAAGAAGGAGCUCGAGCUCAAGCGCCUCAAGGAGGAGGAAGAAGCUCUCGAGGAGAAGCGCCGACGUGAAAGGGAGGCUCACGAAGCCGUCGAGAAGUACAAGAGGGCUGAGGCGGACCGCAUUGCCCGCGAGAAGGAGGAAAAGGAGCGAAUGGACAAGGAGUACAAGCGUCGCCUGCACGACGACCUUCUCAAGUCGGGCCUCGACGAGCAUGCUAUUGAGGCCAUCCUCAGCAACAAGAAGGUCACCUCGCCUGCUCCUGCGGCCCCUCAGCUUCCCAUGGCCCCUCAUGCUCCCAUGUCCCCUCAUGCCCCAAUGGGACCCCCGAUUCUCGCUCUUCCGGCGCCAGAACAUUCGGUGGAACGCCCGACCUACACCAGAAUGGCUCGUAGGUACCUCUCGAUUGAGACGCUGCGAACAUUCCAGAUCGAAUAUGAAUAUGACAAUGACCCCGAUUAUAUUUUGAUUAAGCGAUGGGUUCCCGAGUGGGAGCAAGACCAGUUUUGGCAGCACACCAAGAUCCUUCGGGAGAAGCGCACCAAGACGCUCAUGGUCGAAGAGAAGAAGCAUCACCACUCCGACCCCGACUUCGAGUGGGUUCGCAAGAAGCACAGCAGCAAGCACGACCGAAAGAGGAGCAAGUCGCCGGCGCUGCUCAUGUAUUUGGCGGGUGCUCGCCCGUCUUAA